CCUGGCAUCCACAGUUCUUCAAACAGAUUGUUGAAUGCAAAGGAAAACCGUUGAGCCCGGCCUGGGAGACUUAACCCGGUUUCAGGUGUCCUGUCGUUCAGAUUACAGUAUUGCUACUGAGCCGCAUGAGUGUCCGCUGCCGGGAGCCUCCCAUUUAGCUUUUGGCUCCACCAGUGGAACCCGACUGGCAUACCUUGCCUGGCCUGGCAGUUAACGUGCCGCAGAACUGAGACUCGGUGUAGCGCUGCCCUAACGCGUAUUUCUCUGCGCUCUACAAAUACAUACUGGGCCAAUUUCCCCGGUAGUGGAAAAUUUAACUGGGGUGGAAAAAAUUAGCCACAGAGAAAGAUAGCUUUCGUCUUCCUCCUGCCCUUUACUUGAGUUUCAGCCAGCUGUCUUUUGUUGCUGGUUAUCCUAGGGUGCUCGCUUUCCUGUCGGCUUUUCUCCUCCACACAGUCUGAGUGAAAGGUGAUAGAGGAGAGACAGGCUGUUAUCUUGGAGCCACGAAUGCAUGGUUCAGCCAUUGACAGAAAGGAGGAGAGACAUCCAAGGGGAUCGCAUUUCAAGAUUGAGGAGAAAUGAAUGGAUUAAAAAUCUGUCGAGGGUACGGGAAACCAUCUGAUAUGUCUUCUGUCUAACUUCUCAUCAUUUAUCCGGUGCCUGGAAAGCCUGAGAGACGCUGUGCCAGAUACUUACAAUGUGUUUCCCUGGGUCAUCAGGAAGUUCAUGGCAUGUCAGAUGGAUAAGAUUACCCAGAGUACUCGGAAUGGUGCAAAAGCUGGACCAAAAACUUCCAGUAGCCAACGAGUACCUGUUGCUCUCGGGAGGAGUCCGGGAAGGUGUGGUGGACCUGGACUUGGAUGAGCUUAACGUCUAUGCCCGGGGGACCGACUAUGACAUGGACUUCACCCUCCUGGUGCCAGCCCUUAAGCUGCAUGACCGUAACCAGCCUGUGACCCUGGACAUGCGCCACUCAGCCUUGUGCCACUCUUGGCUGAGCCUGCGGCUCUUUGACGAGGGCACAAUCAGUAAAUGGAAAGACUGCUGCACCAUUGUGGAUCACAUCAACGGCGCCACCAACUACUUCUUCUCCCCAACCAAAGUAGCCGGCUGGUUCUAUGACUCCAUCAGCAUCGUCCUCUCGGAGAUACAGAAGAAGCCCCAGCGAGGCAUGCCAAAGGUGGAAAAGGUGGAAAAGAAUGGGACCAUCAUCUCCAUCAUUCUGGGCGUGGGGAGCAGUCGCAUGUUGUACGACAUUGUCCCUGUGGUGUCUUUCAAAGGUUGGCCGGCAGUGGCCCAGAGCUGGCUCAUGGAGAACCACUUUUGGGACGGGAAGAUCACCGAGGAAGAGGUCAUCAGUGGGUUUUACUUGGUGCCUGCCUGCUCCUACAAGGGGAAGAAGGACAAUGAAUGGCGACUGUCCUUUGCCAGGAGCGAGGUGCAGUUGAAGAAGUGCAUCUCCAGCAGCCUCAUGCAGGCCUACCAGGCCUGCAAAGCCAUCAUCAUCAAACUCCUGUCGCGGCCCAAGGCCAUUAGCCCCUACCACCUGCGGAGCAUGAUGCUCUGGGCCUGCGACAGACUGCCUGCCAAUUACCUGGCUCAAGAAGACUAUGCAGCCCAUUUUUUACUGGGCCUCAUUGAUGACCUGCAGCACUGUCUGGUCAACAAGAUGUGCCCCAAUUAUUUCAUCCCUCAGUGCAACAUGCUGGAGCACCUGUCGGAGGAGACGGUCAUGCUCCACGCGCGGAAGCUCUCCUCCGUCCGCUCAGACCCCGCGGAGCACUUACGCACCGCCAUUGAGCACGUCAAGGCUGCCAACCGGCUGACGCUGGAGCUCCAGAGGCGAGGGAGCACCACCAGCAUCCCCUCCCCGCAGUCGGACGGCGGGGACCCCAACCAGCCCGAUGACCGUUUGGCCAAAAAACUGCAGCAGCUAGUGACUGAGAACCCGGGAAAGUCCAUCUCUGUCUUUAUUAACCCCGAUGAUGUCACCAGGCCCCAUUUCAGAAUUGAUGAUAAAUUUUUCUGAGCGUUUGCUGUCUCAUCUCCCCCUCCCCACCCUGAAACUCUCUUGUGUAGUGUGGUUUGUGAUGCUGUCUUUCCGUUUUUUACAUAUCCAGCCUCGAUUGGAUCUGUUAAGAACACAUUUUAAGUUUCCUGGUUCUGCAGGAUGGCGCAGGCUCUGAAACAGUAUAUUACUAUUUCAUAUUCUGCCGCGGAUUUUGUUGUUUACUUUUUGUGGUUAUUGUCACAUGGUUUGUUGGGGUUUUUUUUGUUGUUGUUGUUUGCUUGUUUUUCAGUUUAAGGAGAACUUGAGCCAUAGAUCAAAAUGUCCAUGAAUUCUCUUCUUUUUUCUGUUUCAUAUUUUGAGCAAACUUGUUAUUGGGGAUGGGGAAACAAUCUCUUUCUGACACUAAGGAGGAUAUUACUUUUUUUUUUUAUUUUUUUUUUAAUAAGCUUUCAUCUCUACAGGUAUUUGAGAGUCACCUGAACCUGGGAACUACCUGGUGUGUUAGCUGGAUGUCUUUCUUAUGACCAGUGGCCUGAGUAGUUUUCCCCUGUCUAGCAAACGAUGUAGACUUUGCAAGUGAGAAUGCUACCAAUUUGUGUUUUGGAGCAACUUCAUUGAAUGUAAUUGUCCUCAAAUCAGAACUUUAGAUGGUUUGGAGGGUGUGUCUGACAACUUUCCAAACAGAAUUAAGGUUUCCAAAUGGUAGAUUUAAUGUGUGUAAUUAUUUGAAGCCUUAUUUAAAUCUUAUUAAAGAACAUACCAUUAUAAUUGUUAUUUGCACUAAUGAAAUCUUUACCAUUAUCAGAGUUCUAAUGUGUGUGUUUCAAUACAAAUUGACACCCACUGUUGAAAUGUCAUUUUUCAUUUAGCCCACCCUCUCAAUCAACUGAACAAUUCUUUGCAUUUAUUUAGUUCUCCUUUAAUUGUGGGGUCCUGUUUUGCCCUCCUUGAUAUUCCUGGUUCCUGUCUUACUGGGAGAAGUGUUUAAAGCUUUAUACCUGCUAAGAGACUUUAUCUGAAGCUGGGGAAAAUACCUCCUUGAUAAAGUUGGUGUCUUUGUAUGUGUUUCUUUUGGGGUUAUAGAAAUCGGCUUGUUUGUAAAGUCUCUUUGCUUCUACUGAAAGUUUUGAGGAAAAUUGGCAGGGAGGAUUUAUAAUCCCCAAAUAGAAGAUACCAGACCUAUUCAAAAAGAGAUUUUGCUAUAGAGCAGGAACCAGGAAGACUGGGUGGCAGCCUUGGUGUAGAGGUGUCCUGUGUCCAUGAAUGAAAUUAUUUGCCAGUCCAGGUGCCACAAGGCAUUGGCUCCCUGUUUUGGUAUAGACUCAUGGCACCAGGUGGUGUUUGAGAGGUUAGGGGAUGUGCCAAUCUCUCAAUGGAUGACCAUGAUGUCUAUUAUUGGAAAGGCCAAGCAACAUUUUGGUUUUGGUUUUGAAUGUCCAGACUCCCAGGUAAGAUUUUGGCCAAUUAAAUUUAGACAUAUGCUGUCUUGGGUUUUUGCAUGGGAAUUAAUGUAAUGUUUAUAAAUGAAAAUGAAAUCAUUCAACCAUCUUACGUCAAACACAGAAAUAAUGAUAAUAAAAGAAAAGUACUGGCCUUG